GAAAUUCGAAAAUUUCACAGGAUAAGGCUGAAUCUUGGAGCUGCGUGGGCAGGGCGACGAACCCCACUGCCGAUAAGACUCUCUUUCGCCUAUAUAUAAGAACUUCAGAGCUCUCCAAAAUUCCCUAUUCUUCUUCAUUCCCCGUCACAAUCUCUUCUUCGAGUUCCUUCUUCCUCGUCUCCCUCAUCUCGAAGCUUCUAUUUGUUCUCUGAAUCAAAGUACUCGCCGACAAUGGCUGGGCGCAAUCGCAUGUUCCGAUCUUCGAGCAUGGGCGAGGUGGGUCUGUUCAGCGCGAUCAAACCUAUCGAGCCCCCCGUGUUCCGUCCGGCGGCGAAGAAGAAGCCAUCCGCCCCCGCUGCCUCUCCGAAGGCGGAUAAACCCCGCCGGAGCGUUCUGAGUUUCGCGUCCCCGCCGAGGGAGCGGAAGGAUGAGUGGUCCAGAGAGGGCGUGGAUGAGCGACUCGGGAUGUUUCUCCGGGCUUGUUAUCACUGCAAGAGGUCAUUCUCCGAUAAGGAUACCGUCUUCAUGUAUGGUUACUUGCGGGCACUCUGUUCGAUAGAAUGUCGCGAAAAGCAAAUCGCCAUUGUUGAGAAAGAUCGACCCCCUUCUCCGGAAUCGACGAAGAUAGCUGCGGAAAGGUUCCUGAGAAAUGGUCUGGGGAGGAGAGGGAGUGACCCUCGAACUGCAAAGCUUGCCGCCGCCGCCGCCGCCGCCGCCGCUUCCUCCUAGUUAAUUUGGCAACCUGGAGUGCUGAAAUUUUGAAAUAGCUGGCCGCUUGCAACUUUGUAUAGAGAAGUAGCUCGCUUUACACUAACAAGUAAUAUUGUAAAUUUUUGAAUUCUGGCUUGUGAGAUUAGAUCGGAUUCUACUUUGAUUGUGUAUAAACGAAGAUGUUUUGGGUUUUUCCGGAUACCCAUUUUUGUUCACUCUGAGAUGAACUUUUGAAGAUAUAAUUCUUCUGAUUUGAUUUUGUGCAUAAAACAGAGAUGUUUUAGGUUUUCUGAAUACCCUCUUUUUGUGCUCUCUAAGAUUAUUCUAAUCUAUUUAGUUGAAUUUAUCUUUA